CUCGCUAAAGUGUGCAACAACUGAGUUGCGGGUUGAUGGUAAGUCGGUGGAUGGGGUGAGCGUUUUGAGUUUUGACUUCAAAAAUUCAGCCAAGGACCGUAGGCCGCUCCAUUUCUUGAGGACAUCGUCCAAAAAUGCAAUGCCCUCUGCUUCGGAGAAUCCAAUGUUGAUGGCCAACGCGAUUGUGUCAUACACUGGCUUCCGACGAAUGAAAAGCUAUGUGUCCGUGUUGCUGGAUCGCCACUUGCUGCCAUGCAGUGUUUCCAUCGACUCAAUUGAACGAGCUGGGGGGAUUCCGUACUUGAACUCGGCCCACGCUUGAUGCACUGAGUACAAUUGUCGCGACAUGCGAUACGGUGGGAGUAAUGCCUUGCAUGCUCAUCUGUUUGAGGAGCCGAGGCGUUGUCGCAUGUUGCAGUGGGGCCUAGCAAUACGUGACUUGAGUCGAAGGUUAAAUUUCUUGCCGCUGCAAGCAGUGCUUGUUGAAUCCCAAGGCGGAUGGUACUUGACACUUGUUGGUCGGAAGGUCCAUUGUCACAGUUGUAUUCGUUGCCAAAGCCUGUUGCAUUGCGGCCAAGCUGCUGGUGAUUUGAAGAAGUUGCUCGUGGACGUGAACCGUGUCCUUACGAAUGUCGGCAAGACUCUCAGCAACCAAAGGCAUAGCCCGUUGCAGUAUGGCACUUGCUGGUGUAGGUGUGUCGGCAAUAGUUGACAAAAGCUGC